CACACAACCUCCCAGCAGUUUGCUUCACGACAGUGUCGCAAAUCGUACUAAGCCUUGGUACUCCAUGGAAACGAGCUCGCGACUUGAGUUUUGUUUACACUCUUGGGGAGCUAACAGCUACGGGCAGCUGGGACUGGGACAUGUGGAGGACCAGUCAGUGCCUCAGCUCUGUGACCUCACUGCUUUACAGAACAAGGCAGUCCGGACUCUCAGCGGCGGCGGGGGUCACUCCGUAGUCGUUACCGAGAGUGGAGAGGUGUUUGUGUGUGGACAGAAUCACAGAGGCCAGCUGGGACUUGGCCAUAAUGCAGACAUCUUGGCUCUUCAGCUCUGCCCCAGCCUGAAUCAGAAGGUCACAAAUGUAGCCUGUGGUUGGGAUUUUACUCUACUUCUCACUGGUAAAAACAGCUGGUGUUUCUGUACAGUAUAUCCGCAGGCCUGCAGAUUUUUCCCAAGGGAGUUAAACAGAACUCAUAGCAAAGAUUGUGGUCAGGUACUGGCAUGUGGCUCCAAUGCAUUUGGACAGCUGGGUGUUGGACCAACAAUCACACACUCUGCAGAUAUACUGGUUGUUGAGUGUCUGAAGGAGCUAGUGGUGAGUGUAGGAGCAGGACUUAGACACUCACUAGCUGUUACUGACUCAGGUUGUGUGUAUCAGUGGGGCACUGGUCUUUUCAGUCAGGCUAAGAGAGCACUCAGUCCACACCCCGUCCCAUCACACCUCAGCUCUAAGGUGCCCUUGCUAGUACCAGGUCUGGAUAAGAAAACAUCUCACCUGGUAACUGCAGGAUCAGCACACUGUGUGUGUCUUACAGAAGACGGUGAUUUGUUUCUGUGGGGAAGUAACAAGCAUGGCCAACUGUCCACCACAGAGCCGUUCCUGCCCUCUCCCACGCUUCUGAAGCGCUCACUACUGGAUGGAGAGAAAGUUAUAAAUGUGUGGAGUGGCUGGACACACACUGUUGCUCAAACAGAGAGUGGGAGAGUGUUCACAUGGGGCAGAAGAGAUUAUGGGCAGCUGGGCCGGCAAGCAUCAACUAGUCAGAGCAUGGAGAAGAAGUCUGCUGGUCGUUUAGCAGAAGGUGAAAACCAGGAGGCCUUCCUCCCUGCAGAGGUUGAAGUCCUCAGUGGAGCAUCUCAGAUUGCUUGUGGAUCUGAACAUAAUCUUGCCAUUGUAGAGGGGUGUCUCUUCUCUUGGGGCUGGAACGAGCACGGAAUGUGUGGAGAUGGUUCACAGACUGACGUCUUUCACCCUCGGCACAUGCCUGGUCUCAGACCUCUUCUCAUUGGCUGUGGAGCUGGACACUCUAUGGCUGUGUGCACUGCAACAAAUAGUUCUGCAUUGACUCCACUUCACUAACAUUGCAACAGCAACAUUUAUUCAACACAUGACCGAAUAAAAAUCACAACAAUUUUGAAAAUUCACAUAUUUCUGACUGAUUUUGUGGCUGAUUGGUGUUUUGCAAAGCCCAUAAAUUUUAUUUUAAGCACCUUCGAAUACCAUAACAUUCGUCUUCUAAAUGGCUACCUUUGAACAAAUCAGACAACAAACUGCAGUUGUCAUAAACACUGUCAUAUUGUUGGACACAUGCUGAGUUAUGUCUCAUGUGGACAGGCAAUCAUUUCUCUGAUCAGCCAUCACUUUGAUGGACAUGACUAGGGGCAAUGGCUUUGCAGAACAUGGCUAUGUCUAUGGCUUCUGGUCCUCCUGACAUGUUUAUCUUCUUGAAUGAAGCUGUUAUGGCCCAUGUGAGGGAUGGACCAGACUGAUACUGUACCUCCACUUUCCCAUGUCAUCAGUUUUAUCUCUAUAAUAUUGCAUAUGAGGAAGCAGUCAGUCUCUGCACAUUGUACUGCAAAUCACUGUCAUCUCAUGAUUUCCCACUUACACAUACAGAACUGUAUUUCUUUCCUAAAUGUCCAUCACUUUUCUGUAUUCUGUGUCAUAUUCUUUGAUAUUAUGUUGAUUAUUUUUGCACCACAUCCAUACUGUAUGCUUCAUAAAUCCCUCUUGGGAGAAACAAUGCUGCAUUUGACCCAACCUAAAUAUUUAUAAGCUGUGGGUGUCCGCAGUGCAGCACCCAGGUACCUGCUGCAGGCCUUAAGCCUGUGCCUUGGACAGGGGCGCUAACAAUUCUCAGAAUAGCUCAGGGAUAAUGUCUGUAUUACAUCUGCUUUUUAAGUUCUUGUGUAUGUUUAUGUAAACUAAAUGAGCAAAACGUCUCUGUCACUGAUGACAGUUAAAUUAUUGUGCGUUUACCUGGAUAAGUCUGAAAAAAUACAUCAACACUCAUUGAAAAGUUAUCAUUUAUCUCUUUCUUUUUUUAAUUACUAUUUAUUGCACAAGCCUGAACUGUAUUGGUCAAAAAAGACACACACACACACAAAAAAAUCCCUAAACAACAAACCAGUCAUAAUGAUCACCGAACACCUUACUGAGAUAACUAACCACAAAAUGGACGGUGUUCAAAACACACACUGAAGUCUCAUGAAAUGGCACACAUUAGUUGCCUCUUAGUUGUGAUACUGGUACCAUUAA